AUGAAUAUAGUUCUUAUAGCAUUUUCAGAAGAAUAACAAAUAUAAACAGCAGAUAAAUACCAAUUUGCUUCCACAUGCUAUAUAACAUCUGAUAUUUACCAGCAAUAAAAAGAAUUAUGGAAAUUUGAUAAAGCUGUUGUUGUUCUUGAUUAAUUUCCUAUAAAUUUAUCUAAAUUAAAUAAAGAUGAACACCUAACAAACAGUUUAGAUCCUAAUUUUUCACUAUUUAAAACUCUCAAAUUAUUAGGUUAUCAAUAAGUUUUAGUUUCUUUGGAAUAAAUAAAAUUAUAAAAAUACAAGCAGGCAAUUUCAUAAUUAGAAUAAACUAUUAUAUCUAUAUUCAACGAUUAAGAAAGAAUAAUUGAAGAAGAAAGAAAUGUCUUUUCGCUUAAAAAUCCAACCGUGAAAGUUGUGUAAAAUUGUGAAUAGAAUGAAAUUUAAAAAUUCUUUCUUAAUGAAAUAAAUUUAACUACAAAUUAAAUUGAUUAAACAGAAUGUAUUGUAGUGAGACAUGAAGAAGCAUUUCAUAUUGUUAAGGUUCUUUAAGGAGCAUUAUAUGUAGGAUAGUUUUUAAAAUCGACCACAUGUUAAGCCUGGAUAUAAUAAGUAAAGAUUAGUCCAGGAGGUGAAGUGUUUGUUAAAUUUGAAGAGAAUAAAAUAUUAUAAGGAAUAUUAUGUAGCUAUCAACAUUGUCCUGAAUAAAUUAAUGCAUUCGAUGUUGAAAUAUAAUUAAGUGAAUUACCAAUAUUGCUUCCAAAAGAUGUGUUUAGAAAAAUGGGUUAACUUAAGAUGAUAUUUUACAAUCAGGAAUAUUUGAUAUAGAACAGCCAUAAUAGUCCAAUUUAAUUUUAGGGCAUUAAAGAUAAAAUAAAUGGAAAAAUAACUGAAAAUCCAACAAAAGUUAAUUUUGGUAUAUGCAAGUUAACACUAAAAAUUAUCCCAGAAGGGGAGAAAAUACUGUUGAAUAUUAAUUCAAAGCCCAUUGUUUAUUUUCUUAAUAAUUAUAAUACAGUUGUUUUUUAUGGACAAAUUACAAAUAUAUUAGAAAGGAAAAAUAGAUAAAUAGAUUUAGCAUAAUAUCUUCCUCUUCCAAAAUUUGAAAGAACUAAAAAUAUGACUCUAAUAAAUAAUGAGGAUUUAAGAUACUUGUGUAGAAUUUGUAAGGCGAAAUAAGUUAAUCGAGUAUUGAAAGAAUGUGGUCAUUUAAGAUAUUGUAGUGAAUGUGUUGAUUUAUGUCUUGAAUCUAAGGAAUGUUUUUAUUGCAAUAGAUCCCUAAGUAAGUGUUAUGCUGUUUCUAUAAUAUAUUUGGACUAGAUAACUUUUGAUUAAUUAUCUAAAAAGAAAAACUAAAUUUCUUAAAUCAACCCUUCCAAGAUAAUUUAAGAUGAAAACAUUUCAACAUAUUUAAAACUUAUCUAUGAAUAAUAAAAGGGGGGAAAGAUUAACUUUUAGACAAUUUAUUGCAAAAUUUGUGAUGAUUUAUUGGCAUAAAGAUUAUUUUCUUGUUCAAAUGAACACGUCACAUUAACUUGUGAGGAAUGCAAUCCUAAAGAUUGCAAGGAAUGCAAAGCAGACAUGAUCUAAAAAGUUGAAAUUUUAUAUAAAUUUUAAGAUGAUUUAUAUUGA